AUGUGGAAAAGAAUCGACCAUCAACCUAAGAUGAAAGCAGGGGAUGGACCUCAGGCAGGCCAGUUCAAGUCACUGAGUUCAGCUCAGGAGUCUGCUGUGCCACAUUCCCUAGAGUUGUCAGAAUUCCAGAGCUUCCCGGUGUUUGAGGACAUUAGUCGUCACAUCAAAGAAGUGGGGGCACAGCUGGUAAAGAAAGUCAAUGCCAUCUUUCAGCUAGACAUCACCAAAAAUGGGAAAACUAUUCUGCAGUGGACAAUUGACCUGAAGAAUGGUCCCGGGGACAUGUACCCAGGAUCAGCAAGGGUCCCAGCAGACACUUUCUUCACAAUUCCAGAGCCCAUAUUUAUGGAGUUGGUUUUGGGCAAAAUGAACCCACAGAAGGCUUUCCUUGCUGGCAAAUUCAAAGUGAGUGGCAAAGUUCUGCUUGGCCAGAAGCUGGAGAGAGUUUUUAAAGACUGGGCUAAACUUUAA